AUGCGCGUCGACGCGCGCGACGACGCGCUGCGCGACGACGCGUUCGACGCCCUCGUCGCGUUCGUCGACGCGUACGUCAAGAUCGUGGACGCGGGGGAGGAACCGACGAGCGAGCUGUGGUCACCGAGCGACGAAACGUUCGAGGACGGGACGGGCGAUCGAGCGACGCGCGCGUCGCUGACGAGCGCGUUUUGGUGUCCGGUGGAUGCGUUCGACGCGCCGCGGUGCGCGGUGGAGGCGGCGAUCGGGGCGUUGGCGCGGUCGGGUCGCGCGACGGCGUCGACGGCGCGGAUAGUCGGCGCCGAGUGGUGGAUCCAAGACGUCGCGCACGACGAGCCGCCAAAGGUGUAUCACACCGAUUGUGACGUCGUGAUGUGUGAUGAUGGAUCGUCGAAGCGGUCGCAUCCGACGUCGGCGAGCGUGCUGUACGUUGCGGGCGAUCGAGGCGGCGGCGCCACGUGCGUGUUCGAUCAGACGACGUCGAGGGCGAACGCGGGCGAACUCGAACCGACGACGCCGAGCGUGGUGUGCGCGUGCGGAGUGAAAAAGAAUAGAUUUUUCGUCUUCGAUGGCGAUCGGUGGCACGGGGUUUUGCACGAUGCGUCGGAGUUUCGAGGACAGCGCGUGACGCUGCUCGUGAACUGGUGGACGUCGAGACCGGCGGGCGCGAGGUCGUUGCCGAAGAGAUUCGUCGUCGACGGCGGUCGAUGCGCGGUCGCUCAAUCGGGGUCUAUGACAAAAGUGGAGCGCACGGUCGUCUCUGGCCGAGCGUUCGCUGACGACGCGUCGAGUUGGAGCGCGCAGAGACUUCCCACCGACGCGGCGAGCGGUGUCGUCGAGUAUCGAUACGAGGCGCCGUAG